UGCUGCUGUGAUCGCAUCUCACACACACACACACACACACACACCACGCUGGUGUGCUUGUGCCAUGCACUGCUGACCGGCGCUCUCUGUGCAUAGUGUGUGUGUGUGUGUGUGUGUGGUAGAAGUGCUCAGGGCAGACUGAUGAGAGACGGUGUGUGUUCCUGGAGGGUGACCCCCCGACUGAUUCUGGGGAGAGAGAGAGCUCCUGUGAACGCGUGACGGCGAGGAUGGGCUGCAAUCUGUGCUCGCUGCAGAAGAGAGAGGAGCAUUACAAACUGCUUUAUGAAAUUUCACAGGUGAAUGGAAAGGACUUAUCGAGAGCCAGCCAUGAGGAGGCAGUGGAGGCCUUUCGCACUGCCAAAGACCCCAUUGUGGUCCAGGUGCUCCGACGGCAACCAUUGCCUCUGGGUCAAGGGUCAUCUCAGGAUGUCCAGCUGGUGGAUGUGUGCACGCAGACAGACAUCACCUUUGAGCACAUCAUGGCUCUUGCCAAACUCCGGCCUAGCAGCCCACCUGUGCCAGACAUUUGCCCUUUCUUGCUCUCAGACAGCUGUCACUCCCUCCACACCAUGGGCCAGGAGUACUACGAGGGGAGUGAGUAUCUCUCUAACAUGCCAGCUGAGGCUGAGAGGACUGAUGAGUUAGAGUAUGAGGAGGUGGAGCUGUGUCGCCUGAACAGUCAGGAGAAGCUCGGUCUCACUCUCUGCUACAGGACAGAUGAUGAGGAUGACGUUGCCAUCUAUGUGUCAGAGAUUGGACCUAAUAGCAUCGCAGCUCGAGAUGGUCGUAUCCGAGAAGGGGAUCGUAUCUUGCAGAUAAAUGGUCAGGAUGUGCAGAACAGAGAGGAAGCAGUGGCUCUGCUCUCUUGUGAGGACACUAGAAACAUUGUACUGCUUGUAGCCAGACCAGAGAUGCAGUUGGAGGAGGCCUGGUUGGAUGAUGAGCACACUGAGUUUUUAGAAGAGCUCAAAAUGGAAAUGUUGGAAGAACAAAGAAGAGAGGAGGAAGAAAUGGAGAGAGCAGCCAGAGAAGAGGAUGAGCAGGUCAGGAAAGCAGAGCAGGAGGAUGUGAUGGGCAGCAGUGCUUGUUGCUCUUCCAGCCAGGAGAAGAAUUGUGCUGCCGUAUCCAUGCACCAUGGAACUGACAGCUCUGAGCAGAGUGUUCUGGCCCAGCUCCAGAAGAGACUGUCCCGGUGUCUGAGGCAGCAACGGGAGAGCCAAGACUCACCAAGGGAAGAGGAUGGACGUUCUGAAGGCGAGUGCUAUCAGCAGCUGCUGCAGCUAAAGUGCCAAAUCCGUAACAGCGGCGAGUACGACUUAUUCUAUAGCCGCAGCAGCACCAUCGAGUGCAGCCUGACUGAACAGGGUGGGAGCAAUGGCAUGGAGCGCGAGCUGCGUCUCCUCAAUGAGGAACUACGUAGCAUUGAGCUGGAGUGCCAGAGCAUCAUGCAGGCACAGCAGCGCCGAAAAAGGGAACUGCAGCAAGCUGGGUCUGCCAAAGAGCAAGGGAAGCAGAGUCCUCACCAAGGCAAGCUGGCCCACAUCAGUGAACGUCCGGAGAAGUCAGACAAGGACAGCUCGAGUGCUUAUAACACAGCAGAGAGCUCUCGCAGCACACCACUACUCAUGGACCGUUCACCAGAACAUUCUGUGCAGAGAUUAGUCACCCUGACCAAUCAGAAAAACUUGAGAAGUACUAUGCUUGUGGGACGCAGCUCCACCCCCUGUCAUCCUGUAAGAAGGGCUCCGAGUGGUAGCCCUGACCACAGCAACCCCUCUGAAUCAGAGCAGACACCCCCAGCAGAGGAAGAGAGUUUACCAAGGAAAGUCAGAACGUUAGGAUCACGCAUCCCCUACCUCUCUCCCCGGCACCAGCAAAUAGACAUCCCUGCCCAUGCCACACACUACCAGAGCUAUAUGCAGCUGAUUCAGCAGAGUUCAGCUGUAGAAUACACACAAGGUCAGCUCAGUCUUCCUGCACAACCCUCUGAGCCAAAACUCGAGUGGAAGGUAAAGGUGCGCAGUGAUGGCACACGCUACAUAACCAAGCGACCAGUGCGGGACCGGCUGCUGCGUGAGCGAGCACUUAAGAUCAAAGAGGAACGCAGUGGUGGUAUGACCACUGAUGAUGACACCAUGAGUGAGAUGAAGAUGGGCCGCUACUGGAGCAAGGAAGAGCGCAAGCAGCAGCUGCUGAGGGCCAAGGAACAGCGGCGACGGCGUGAGUUCAUGCAGCGCUGCCGGCUCGAGAGUCUGAAAGAGUGCCCGCAGAGCAGCAACGAGGGCCGCAAAGAGCUCAGCAUCAUUGAACUCAGCCAACGCAAGAUGAUGAAAAAGCGCAACAAGAAGAUCUUGGACAACUGGAUGACCAUUCAGGAGCUGAUGACACAUGGAGCAAAAGCACCUGAAGGGGCCAAAGUUCACAAUGCCUUCCUUUCAGUUACAACUGUAUAGAGAGCCACUCGGACUCAAACUCUACCCCAUGUGGUAUGAUCUACUUUUGCCUCGUUCAAUGUGGCGAUUUUUAUGAGAGGAACAAAAAAAGUAUUUUUUUCACUUUGUUAUGAAUGAACAUUUUGUAAACAGUCUAUUGACGUUCAUCACAUUUAUAAUGGGAUU